AUAAAGCGCUAUAAUGUUUUUAUGUUUUCAGUUUGGGAAGAGUGAAAUAACUUUUGGUGUGCCUGCACUUUAUGGCUGAAUUAAGUAAAAAAAGUUCUAACUGAACUGAUGGCCGGUGAUGACUAAUGAUCCGGCGGCGAGUUGGGAGGCUGUUCAAACGACCAAAAGAGAUCUCUCAUCUUCUCCAACUCCACUCGCUCAACAUCAAAACUUGUCUUGAUCACGACGAGUUUCUAGUCUCCCAAUUCGUAUUGUCCACUUGUUCGAUAUCCCUUCAUUUUGGGCGAUCGGUAUUUCAAAACACUCCGAUCACUCCAUCGCUCUUCACGUGGAAUACGUUGAUAAUGGAGUACUCGAAAAGCUCCUGUGAGAUUGAGUCCGUGAAGUUGUUUAUCCGGGCUUUUGGGAACCGGGAUAAGACCUGACAAAUUUGUUUUCCCCUCCGUGCUAAAAUCCUGUGGGUCCCGUUCCAUCGUUGGAGCUGGUGCAUCAGUUCAUUCAAUGUCGAUAAAGACGGGGUUUGCUUUUGAUGUCCAUGUGAAUAACACUCUUCUGUAAUGUACGCUGCUUGUGGUAUGAUAGCGUUUGCAUGGAAGGUGUACGAAGAAAUGCCUGAAAGAGACAUGGUUUCUUGGACCUCUGUGAUUUCUAGCUAUGUUGAUUGUAACCCCCCUUCAGAUGCUAUUGGAGUGUUCAAGAAGAUGAAGCUUGCAAAUGAGAAGGAAAGUUCAAUCACUUUGGUGAGCUUGCUUGCUGCAUGUACCAGUCUCCGGAAUGCCAGACUAGGCGAGUCCGUCCAUUCGCAAAUCCUGACUAAUGGUAUUGAGUUGCAUGUUGGCCUCGGAACAGCCCUCCUUCAGAUGUACGCAAAGUGCGUCCACGUGGAAAAAGCCUUCCACAUCUUCAAUAUAUUGAGCGCCAAGAAUCUGCAGUCGUGGACUAUAAUGAUAUCUGCACUUGCAGAUAAUCGCCAUGGAGAAGAAGCUAUAUCCUUAUUUUCCAGAAUGGAAAAAUCCGGACUGAGUCCCGACAGCUUGUCAUUUCUUCCAUUUUGCCUGCUUGCGGUCACUUAGGUCUUGUCGAUAAAGGGUGUGACCUGUUCAGUAGAAUGACGAGUGUUUAUGAUAUCAGACCAAGCAUGGAACAUUAUGGAUGUAUGGUGGACUUGCUUGGACGUGAGGGUAACAGAGAGGAUGCUUACAAGGUUAUCAUGCACAUGCCGAUGGAACCGAAUUCUAUAAUACUAAGGAGCUUUAUUAGUGCCUGCAAACAGCAUGAACGCAUUGUUCCUCAUAUCAAUGAGAACCUUAAGGAACUGCUGCUUAGAAUAGAGCCUGACAUUGCAGCCAACUAUGUGCUUGCUGCCAAUAUGUCUUCCCACCAGGGUAAUUGGGAUGAUGCAGAUGGACUGCAAGUCUGCAAUCUUGUAUUCAAGAAAAGGGCAUGAAGAAAGUUCCUGGUUGCAGUUGGGUGCAGUGGCGGAUGUAGAACCUUUAUGAGUUAAAUAUUUGAUCUAAGUUGAAUAUAAUGCAUAAGAUCUAUUUGAAAGUUCCUGCGGAUGUAGAACCUCGGCAGCGCGUCAAUUUGAUAUGAGUUAAAAUGAAAAAUAUUACUCCAAUAGAUAUUGUGAAUUAUUCAUAAGAUCCAAAGUUGAAUAUAAUGCAUUUUUACUAUGAUCUAAUCAC